AUGCAGCUCACUGUCCUCGCCUCUGCCAUUCUGGCCCUCGCCCAGGGCGCCUUGGCUCUUCCUGCCAAAGCCCCAACCCUCGAUGUCACCCUGAGCCAGGUCGACAAUACCCGGAUCAAGGCCGUGGUCAAGAACACCGGCACUGAGGAGGUCACCUUUGUGCAUCUCAACUUCUUCCGCGAUGCUGCCCCUGUCAAGAAGGUUUCCCUCUACCGCAAUGCCACCGAGGUCGAGUUCACCGGCAUCAAGCAGCGCUUCCGCACCGAGGGCCUCACCAACGAGGCCCUGACCACCCUCGCGGCCGGCGCCACCUUCGAGGACGAGUUCGACAUCGCCAGCACCGCCGACCUCACCGAGGGCGGCACCGUCACCGUCCGCACCGAGGGCGUCGUCCCCGUGGCCACGGACAACAAGAUCGCCGGCUACAUCCCCUUCUACUCGAACGAGCUCGACGUCGAGGUCGACGCCGCAAAGGCCGCCGCCGUGCCCGCGGGCAUCAAGCCCCUGGACCGUCGCACCAAGGUCGCCUCCUGCUCCGGCAGCCGCGCCACGGCCCUCGCCACGGCCCUCCGCAACGCCGCCUCGCUCGCCAGCGCCGCCGCCAGCGCCGCCGCCUCGGGCUCCUCCUCCCGCUUCGCCGAGUACUUCAAGACGACCGCCAGCAGCACCCGCAGCGUCGUCGCCGCGCGCCUGCGCGCCGUCGCCAGCGAGGCCUCGUCGCAGUCCUCCGGUGCCACCACCUACUACUGCUCCGACCCCUACGGCUACUGCGACUCCAACGUCCUGGCCUACACCCUCCCCUCGUACAACAUCGUCGCCAACUGCGACAUCUACUACAGCUACCUCCCGGCCCUGACGCGCUCCUGCCACGCCCAGGACCAGGCCACCACCACCCUGCACGAGUUCACCCAUGCCCCUGGCGUGUACUCGCCCGGCACGGAGGACCUGGGCUAUGGCUACAGUGCCGCCACGGCGCUGAGUGCUCGCGAUGCGCUGAACAACGCGGAUACGUAUGCGCUGUUUGCCAACGGUACCUCUCUUCGUUUUCCAUUUAACUUGCUUCAAACUAACAUCCGACAGCCGUAUACCUGA